ACACCAGCAGCGGAACUGCAGCUGCGCAUGCGCAGAGUUCCGUGGUCUUUCUAGUGUACAGUACCGUCCGUGUGCUUCUAAGCGCCGUGUUGCCAUUUAGCCACAUCAGAGUGUCCCUCGCGCGGACGUCAGGGACUCUGCGCGAACCCGCUGCCGUCCAACAGUCACCGAGAGACGAAGUAACCACGGUGCACCUCGAGGAAACGGACCAUGUCUGCGAAUAAAACAAAGAAAGUCAAAAUGGCUACUAAGUCUUGUCCUGAAUGCGACCAACAGAUUCCAGUUGCGUGCAAGUCCUGUCCAUGUGGUUAUGUGUUUAUUAGCAGAAAACUUCUAAAUGCCAAAUUAAAUGAGCGCUCCUCUCCAGCUAUCGCAGACAAGCUGGACUUCAAGCGGAGGAGGACGGAACGCAUCCGCAGAGAACGCAUCGAUUCCUCUUUAACCAGUGACAUGGAGAACAGGAGGAGGUCCCGAGCCAACAGCCAAUCGGAUCCCAUUCGCAGGGGGCGGGGCAGACCUAAAACAGUGGGUCUGAAGAAACCGGACGAGGAGAAAGAAAAGCAAGAGAAGGAGGUGGAUAUUUACGCCAGUCUUUCAGACGAGAAGGCCUUUGUGUUUUCUGUCGCCUUGGCUGAGAUCAACCGUAAGAUCUUGGGUCAAAGACUCAUCUUAUAGAUGAAUGCUGAUGAGUCCUGGCACACAGGACCUAUCCGAGAGAAACUAUCAAACAGCAAGAGGACGACCAAAGAAGGCCCAACGGUCCGGAGCACAACUUUGAUCUGGACGUGGUUCACUCGGUGACAUUGAGAGAUGGAGAACCUGCUGGAGCUUCAGACUCAAGCGGGGUGAUGUCAUGGGGAGAUCACAGCUCUUUUGCACCAUGUAUUAUAACCCCACCACACACAUGUAAACAUAUGUUUCUAGAGUAUGCAUUGCGUGUUUUAACAAUGAUACGAUGAUAUUUCCAAAUUUUUUGCAGAUACAAAAGUCUGCGCCUAAAGAGAUACUACAUUCAUCUGGAAUAAUGGAGCUUAAUGUUAAUUGGAGGGACCAAGAUAUGUUAGCUGUGCACUUUCUUAUAACCUGAAGAUGCAAUAAAAAUGAGUAGAUUGCUAAGUGAUGUUCUAUGCACAGUACACACAUGUAUUUGUUACUUGAACAGAGGAUGUCAAGUUGUCUUUUACCAUUCAUUUCUUCUUGCUCUCAAUUGGACCAGGGAACAAAAAGUGCAAUCGACUGAAGAUGGUCUCCAGCUUUUGCAGUUUUAUAAAGGAAGUCGGAAGCAUAUUUCUGAGAUAUAGAAUUCUUUAAAAUAAAUGAUUAAGAUCAA